AUGAUGCGAAUCGGCACAUGGAGCUUGGCAUUAAGCGACGUUGGCUGCGAACGCUUCGUAGUUCAGAGUCUCGACCAGACGUCUGCUCGUUUCCGGGUGGGUUAUCAAGUAUCCAGGGUCCAGAUCUUCCAAGGGUCGAAAAAAGGCGAUGCGCGUAAUGGCUUCGGUCAACAGACGCCCGAUAGAAGCUUUGUCGCCGCAAGCGGCGCAAGCGGGAUGCCACGCAGCCACGAGGGAGCUCUUAGCGGGUCAUUAGGCGCGGCCAUAUCCAUCAGAGCGUCUGACGGACUCGCUGGCAAUGCCAAAUGGCCUGCCAAACGUCCGUCCCACGGGACGUCGUCCGAGCGCGCAACCAAACCUCAACGAGGUCUGCCAAGUCUUCCUUCGUCCGCUCGUCGUCAAACCCUGGAGCAGCCAGCGAAGAAAUCUCUGCCCGUGAGGGACGCAACACUUCCGCGGGCACCGCGAUGUACGAGAUCAGUUGUCUGCACCUACGAAGCUGAUCGGCUCGCCAAAGAUCCGCAUCUAAAGUCUGUCAUGCAUGCACCCCGAUAUUCACCUGCAAGUUAUGGUUUCCCUCGGCCCCAUGCAACGCGUGCUUGUCCCGAAAAUUUAGAGCUUUCCCCCGCCUCUUGCCUGCAGUCCCGUUCGUGCGGGCUGUGA